CAGUUGUUUGCACUGUUGUUACUUAGAGUAGCUGUGUUAUAUGAGAUUUUAUAUAAGUGUAAACACCAGGGAGGAAGAGUGUUAGUAGAUAAAAAUCUGUAUUUCACUUAUUUUAUAGAAACUUUAAUGAAAGACCUUGAUGUAAUAACAAUUCCUAGCAAGGAUGUUGUGAUGGUACAUGAGCCAAAACAAAAGGUGGAUUUAACAAGGUACCUAGAAAACCAAACUUUUCGUUUUGAUUAUGCCUUUGAUGAAACGGCUCCGAAUGAAAUGGUUUACAGGUUUACAGCUCGACCAUUAGUAGAGACCAUAUUUGAAAGAGGAAUGGCCACUUGUUUUGCUUAUGGGCAAACAGGCAGUGGAAAAACCCAUACUAUGGGUGGUGACUUUUCAGGAAAGAACCAAGAUUGUUCAAAAGGAAUAUAUGCACUUGCAGCUCGAGAUGUCUUUUUAAUGCUAAAGAAACCAAACUAUAAGAAGUUAGAACUUCAAGUAUAUGCAACAUUUUUUGAGAUCUACAGUGGUAAGGUUUUUGACUUGUUGAACAGGAAGACAAAAUUAAGAGUGUUAGAAGAUGGUAAACAGCAAGUCCAGGUGGUGGGAUUACAGGAACGAGAAGUCAAAUGUGUUGAAGAUGUUCUUAAGCUUAUUGAAAUAGGCAACAGCUGCAGGACAUCUGGUCAGACAUCUGCAAAUGCACACUCAUCUCGAAGCCAUGCAGUGUUUCAGAUUAUUCUCCGAAGGAAAGGGAAAUUGCAUGGUAAAUUUUCUUUGAUAGAUUUGGCUGGAAAUGAAAGAGGAGCUGAUACUUCCAGUGCAGACAGGCAGACGCGGCUGGAAGGAGCUGAAAUUAACAAGAGCCUUUUAGCACUCAAGGAGUGUAUUAGAGCCUUAGGCCGAAAUAAACCUCAUACGCCAUUCAGAGCAAGUAAACUUACUCAGGUGCUAAGAGAUUCGUUCAUUGGAGAAAACUCCCGUACCUGUAUGAUUGCUACAAUUUCUCCAGGGAUGGCAUCAUGUGAAAACACUCUUAAUACUUUGAGAUACGCAAAUAGAGUAAAGGAAUUUGGAAUUAGUCCUUCGGACAUUCCCUUCUCACAGGGUAGUGGCAGUCGCUCUGAUCUCUCUCCUUCCUAUGAGUAUGACGACUUUUCUCCUUCAAUCACCAGGGUGAAAGAGCUCACCAUUGAUCCAAGUGCUGCAGGGGAUAUUCGUCCCAUUAUACACCAUGCUCCCAGUCAGAUUGAUGACUUGGACACACAGUGGGGAGUGGGGAGCUCUCCUCAGAGAGAUGAUCUUAAACUGCUUUGUGAACAAAAUGAAGAGGAAGUUUCUCCACAGUUGUUUACUUUCCAUGAAGCUGUGUCACAAAUGGUGGAAAUGGAAGAGCAAGUAGUAGAAGACCACAGGACUGUCUUCCAGGAAUCUAUUAGAUGGCUGGAAGAUGAAAAAGCACUUCUUGAGAUGACGGAAGAAGUAGACUAUGAUGUGGAUUCUUAUGCUACCCAACUUGAGGCAAUUCUGGAUCAAAAGAUUGAUAUUCUGACUGAACUUAGAGAUAAAGUGAAAUCUUUCCGAGCAGCUCUCCAAGAAGAGGAACAGGCCAGUAAACAGAUCAACCCAAAAAGACCACGUGCCGUUUGAAAGGGGCCUUUGCUGCUAAAGGAACCACGAACCCGUACUGCUGUAGCACACAUUUGUUACAAAACCCAGUGGCCCUAAGAACUCAACUACUUGAAAGUGUAAAAACGUUAGAAAUGUCUGUGGAAAUGUCCUGUUUCUUAUUCGCCUGAGUGACAUUUUCGAUUUUGUGUGAAAUGCUCCUAUGAUGUCUACAAAAUGCUUCUAGACCAGACAGCACAACCAUGCAGGGUUUAGAUCUGUGAAGCACUUUGUUUAAAAUAUUUCAUUUAUUCAAAUUGUGAAUUUUAUGUUUGGAAAUAUUUGCCAUGUUUUUAACAAUGAAGUAAAACUGUGGCUAUUAAAAAAAUCACAGUAUUUCCAUAUUACUGUGUUUGGGUUUGUUACAGAGAUCAGCUGUGCAGUUUUAAAUUGUGUUUGCUUGCAUGCUCACCUCACUAGUGGUUGUACAUAACUUCUCUUCUACAGAUAGCUGUGCUUACCACUUCCUGUUCUGUGCCUUGAUGAAGGCUACUUAACCCUAAACAUCCUCCUUCUGAAGCACAGCUUUAAGCAACAUUCCUAAUUUUGUCAAUAUGAAUUACUUUUAUCGUAUGUACAUUUUUAAUGUCUUUUGAAACUUUUUUUUGGUGAGUAGUUCAUUCAUUUCACAGAAUGUGCCAUAUCAUUUGAACAGGAACUGCAAGAGCUGUUAGAGUGGACAAACAGCUGGACAUUCCAUCCUCCUUGUAAAAAUAUGGAUUCUAGAUUUAUUUGAAAACCAUAAAGAAUGGUCAUAUAACACUUCUCAGUUAAAAAAAAAAAAAAAAAAAGCAAAA